AGUGGGCUUUUUGUUUUCUUUUCCCCCUUUUUACGUUCUCCCGGAGGUUUGUGUGGUAAUCAAUGGCUCGGUCAGUGGCAGUCGCCGUUCGUGGAGGGGUCGGUCCGGGCAGUCAUUCUCGCCGGCGACGCCGCCCUCGGCUGCUUCGUACAGUGUUGCGGAGGCAUCACGGUCGUUCUGCACGGCGACGGACGGCGCACCGGUGGGGUUUGCGAGGUCGUGAUGAUCAACAACCGGUGAAUUUAAGCAACCGAUGUAUACUGCCUCGUGCAUCAGCUACGCGCGCCCGACAUCCACCCAUCCAAGAAGUUGAUCCAGGCUACGAGGAUGGCACCGGUCCACCCACGGUUCACCACGUGCCCCCUCCAAGUCCCAACACGGGGUUUGAGCAGGAAUUCGCGUCCAUGACUAGGGAACUUUUUUCAAUAGCCACACGGAUUGCAGAGUUAGUACGCAAAAACCCCAGCCAAGCUCGCAUGGACCCGAAUUUCCAUAGGAUCGCCAGCGUGGUGAAUUUGUUGAGGGGGUUAAUACCGGAGCCGACGGAGGACACACCCCACCCCAACUCCGAACCAGCUGAGGCACCAGCCACGACAUCUGGCCAUCAAGACGACACUCUUUAGCAGGACACGCAGUUUUAAAGCCACAUGUCCGGGCAUAGGUGAUAUAGAAAUGAACGCCUUCGGCUAGUGUUUUAAAGCGGCGUCCAACGACCGGCGUAAUUUCCGUGUCCACAUUCGGCCACCAGUAUUUAAUAGGAACGGUGGUUAGCUCCGUCGUACUAUUCCCUUUUAUUUUGAAUUAUUUCAUUUUUUAGAUAGCGUCUAAGUGGUUAAGCACCAUUGAUGGACACUUAUCAUAAUAUGUUUAUUGAGCACACUAUCAACGUAUUCAUGGGAGGCAAAGUUGGUGCU